AUGUUCAAGAAAAGACCAAAGAACACCUCAGUGGCCGACCAACUGCUUGAUUCAAACGCAAUAUCGAGCAAUCAACACACAGAAUUCAUUGGAAGCCCCAGCAUUGACGAAGAAACACUCAGUGCAGAAAUUGACGAACAAGAGCGACAUGAGAGACAAAAGUCGGCAUUGCUAGCCGCUGCAUCUUCAUUAUCAGGUGGUGAUGAUGAUCAAGCCCCUUCCUCUAAUAAACGUGCUGCAUUCUUGUCGAGAAUCAAAUCAAGAACCACUGCACAUGGUGAUGCAACAACGUCACAAAGUACUCACGGAGCGCCGUCAAAUGAGCCAAUGCAUAGCAUUGAACCGGAAAUUGAAGCAUCGCUUGUCUCAAAGUUUGACUGCCGGUUAAUACCAUUCUUAGCUCUAAUGUACUUCUUCAACUCUCUGGAUCGGUCCAGUCUGGGAAAUGCCAGAUUGGACACUUUAGAGGCAGAUCUGGGACUGGUCGGCAAUCAAUUCAAUACAGCUUCAACUCUUUUCUAUGUCGGGUAUAUUACCUUUCAGGUUCCAAGCAAUCUCAUGUUAAGGUGGCUAUCUGCGAAGAUUUGGCUUCCAGUCAUCAUGUUCGUAUGGGGAAUUGUGUCUCUAUGUACCAUGUUUGUGUGGAAUUUCACAACUUUACUGCUGGUGAGGUUUUGGCUCGGAUUCGCUGAAGCGGGCUUCUUUCCAGGUGUUAUAUUCUAUUUGACGACAUUCUACAAGUCGAAUGAACUGGCUACACGGAUUGCGCUCUUCUGGGGUUCUUCUACUGCUGCUCAUGCAUUCGCAGGCCUGUUGGCUUAUGCCGUCUUCAAUCUCAGAGGAUCUAGUGGUUUAAGCGGCUGGAAGUGGCUAUUCUUGGUUGAAUCAGUUCCUACAAUCGCGCUAUCCGUGAUAGCAUAUUUCUAUCUUCCAUUGUCACCAGAGACAUGCAGAUGGCUCACACCGAAAGAGAAACAAGCAGCUAUUGCGAGACUACGGCUGCAUGAACCAGAAACUCAUGCAACACUGGCUGAUAUUAACAGCGUCAAUCGUGUUGAGGUUUUUGAGGCAUUCAAGGACCCCAAAGUCUGGUUUUGGAUGGCCAUGUUCUUUGUCGGGUCCAUACCAAAUACGUCAAUUUCAAACUUUCUACCUACCAUUGUUUCCGGGCUGGGUUAUUCAGGAACGGUAGCAAAUGCUUUGACUGCUCCUCCAUACGUGAUGGCAGCGAUCGUCAUGGUCAUUGUGGCCUUCCAUAGUGACAAGUAUCAUGAACGAACAUUCCACGCAUUGGGUGCAGUUUUCGUGUGCUUUAUUGGAUAUCUCAUUUUAGUAGUAGUGCCGCUGACCACUGCCAGCCCGUCAAUUCCUGUUCUAUACCUUGGUAUUUUUAUCAUUGUCACAGGCAUAUUCGUUAUAAAUCCCGUGGUGAAUGCCUGGCUGGCUUCUAACAUCGCUCCUGGAGUGAAAAAGGCUGUAGCUAUUGCAAUGGCGGUGUCUGCAAACAACGCUGCUGGUCUUGUAGGUUCGAACUUGUAUCUUGCAGCCGACAAGCCUUACUACAUAAAAGCGCACAGUGUCAAUCUGGGCAUGUGUGUGGUGUGGAUGGUCAUGGCCUUGUGCUUAAGAUCGUGGUUGCUAUACAUGAACCGUUCACGAGAACGUGUAUUGUCGACUGAAGUGGGAGAAGAUACGCGUAUUGGAGACAAGAAACUGUCGUUCAGAUACUAUGUUUAA